AUGGCUGCCUACAAGGUGCUGGGCUACCCGCAUCUCUCCAUGGCGCUGGACUUGGGAGCGGUGUAUUCGAAAGCGGAGCUGGAGAGUCGCUGCAGUGGGACGCCACAACGAAAGGCCCAGCUUGAGGCGAAACUGAAGGACCGCACCCUUUUUUCGCCGGUGCCCUUGGAAAAGGCCUUCAACCGCAAGAGAAAGGCCGAGACCCAGCGGAAGCCGCAGUGGGUGAGGUCCCCGGCGUUGAGCCAAGCGAAGAAGGUCGAUGACUUCACAGGCCCCAGGAGAAGGAUCGCCGAAAAGAUGGCCGGGGACAUCCUGGAAGCGGGAAAGAUCAAGGAGAAGGACCUUCUGAAUGUGCUGAAGGCUUGGGGGUCUUACGACAACAAACGCAGGAAGAAUGUGCGGCGCAGGGAUGACAAGCCCGUCUUCAGCGACACUUUCGGCUUGGUCGGCCCCCGCGGCAGCCCCAAACCGGUCAUGACGUCUAUGUCCAAGAAGUAUCCGAACGUCACGGAGCUGAUGAACCGAUGGUUUUUAUCGAGCGUGGGCCGCAAGUCCUUUUUUUGGACUUCCAUCUCGCUUAACAUUGACUACCAGGCCGCCAGACACCGGGAUCGGAAUAAUCUGGGUCCGUCAGCCAUUCGUGGUUUGGGCAAGUACAGCGGAGGUCAUUUGCGGUACUGGAAGCGAGACCCUCUGACCUGCAAAGUGGAACAUCUGAAGAAGAAGGACAGCAUUCUUCUAGACAUCAAGAGGAAAAUCCACUACUUCGAUGGAAGGAAGGCCCAUGAGGUCACCCACAAGUCUGGGCAGAGAAUAUCCUUGGUUUUCUUCUGCGUCCAGAGGUCCGAGAAGAUGUCCGCAGCGCUUCGUCGCAGAGCAACUGAGAUGGGCUUCAGCCUCCCCACAAGCGCGUGGAUUGAGCAAGCAACCUAG